ACGAGAGGCUACAAUGGCUCUACGCAUGAUCGGUCGCCGCGCUGCGCGGCUCGCUUCUGCUGCAACUCGGCCGCUGGUUCCCGCCGCAACUUCUGCACGGGCAUCUCCAUCUUUGGGCGCGUCGGCACUCCAGAUACAAACGCGGUCGUUCGCCAAGGCCAAGAAAGUCAAGGGCGGCAAGGGCAAACCCGCUCCAGUUGUAGACGACGAUGAUGACGAUGCUGGUGACGAAGAGGACGGGGGAGCUGCUAAGGCGCUAGAGAAGGCCAACAAGAACAUGAACGGCGCUGUGGUCAACUUCACGCGGGCAUUGAGCCAGAUGCGCCCAGGACGUGCCGACGCCGGCAUCUUUGACGAAUUGCACGUACCGGCGUACGGCCAGCAUGUGCCGCUCGCGCAGGUGGCACAGGUGGCUGUUGCAGGCACACACGCGCUUAGUGUGACAGUGUACGACCCGUCGCUCAUGCCGGACGUGAAGAAGGCAAUUGAAGGCACGAACGCCGUUUACUCUGUGCGUGAGGACGUGAGCUCGCUUGAAAUCUCCUUUCCUAAGAUGUCGAAGGAGACUCGUGCUGACCUGCUCAAGGCCACCAAGAAGCAGGCGGAACAGGCUCGACAACACGUGCGUCGUGUGCGACAGGAUGCCAUGAACCACGCUAAGAAGCUCAAGGACGCGGUGUCUGAAGAUGACGUCGAAGUGCAGAAGGAACGCAUCCAGAAGGCCACAGACAGCGCCAUCGCCGAGAUCGACAAGCUGCUGGCUGCUAAGGAGAAGGACCUCAACACUGUCUGAGAGAUAGGCACUUAGGACUCGACUGGCAUAGAAUACAGAUGACAAUGGUGCGUUUGGUUGCCCGGUACAAGGGUAC